AUGCCGCAAACGGUUGUCCUGCUGUACCUGUCUGACAUCCCUGACUUGGGGCUCGAUAGCCCUCGCUACGGCGCCACAACAUCCCGAAUCCUGCCCCGGUCCGACGAAGGCAGCAUUACCAGUACCAGUAAAUCCUCCUCCUUACUUACGACAACUGGCAAGCGAUUUGUUAUCUACAAACGACACUGCGGACAGAAGCUCACAAAGCUCGACCAUCGAGGGUUCAGCACGAUGUUCAUCGGCCUCUCGGUAUUGCAUUUUUUACGGUGGGAUAUCGACGCCCAAAUCAACACGGAGAAGACGAAGACUGUCAACUUGCGCAAUUUCUCGCCGAAAGUGGAACUGCCUGAUAUCCCUGAGCACCCCGAGUACUGGGAUCUCCUAGAGGUCAUCUCGGUACUCCACACUUUCGCUCAAGAAUUUUUCGACGUUCACACGCAAGCACUCGUCGCAGCAGCGAAGAAGUUUGGCCUUUGUAUCCGCUCCGCAGUUCAGAACCGCUUCAACACGCAGGACGGUGAAAUCAGCAAAUUAUUGUUCCAGCUAGUCCGAGAGCCACCUCGAUCUGCUACUACACUUCCGACGGCACCAACCCAAGUAGUGUCCAACGCACGGUUCGCCAAGCCCCAAAAAGGCCUUGUCAUCGGAUCAUUUGCGUGGCUAUUACACGGGUACGAAUACGUGGACCAGGUCAUCGAUUCUGCCUCACGCGGCGUCGAACACUCAUUCAAGCCUGAAUCUGAUACACUUCGUCAACGAGAACCAGUGCGAAACCACAAAUCAGUGAGUCUAUACAAGAACGCACUGCUCCGGAGUAUUCGUGAUGGCCAGAGUAAGGGUACUUACUUGGUAGUGAGUCGCGCCGCCGCCUCGAGAUGGAAACUGCACUACAGUCCAUUUGGAUGUGUGGAAAAAGUCGAUGCGGACCCGGCGAUCGAGGCUAGAUCAGUUCACGAUCUCUCAUAUCCUCUUGGAGAAUCUACGAACUCGUGGUCAGACCAAGAAUCAAUUCCGGAGCUGGUGUAUCAACUCGUUGAUGUGAAUGCACGUCGGAUUAUUCGUCUAAGAGCAGCCAAUUCACAGACUGCGAUCAAGCUGAUGAAAGGCGAUGUGAAUUCUGCCUUCCGCAUCUUGCACGUACAUGAAACCGUUAGCCUAUUUUUCGCCGGCUCAAUCCCCGAGCAAGAUAUUGUGGUGAUCGACCUUGCGGUUCCGUUUGGCUGGACAGGAUCACCAGCUCACUACGGAUUCUUUGGUCGAGCAAUUUCGCUUCUCGUGCGCUGAAAAAGCCCCCACAGCAUGAGUCCUAGUGAUCCGGACGCAACGCCAUUCUUUUGCUUUGACUGGGUAGACGAUCACGUACUCGCGGAACUUGAUGUGGGAAAUCAACUAGAAGCAUGUGAAUGCGCACUUAGACUGGCAAUGACUGCAGCCCUUGGCCCCCGAGCCAUCACCGAAAAGAAAUUCACACCGUGGUCUACGGAACGCGUGGCCCUGGGACUGGAAUGGGACUCUUCAGCGAUGACGGUGUCAAUGCCUACUUAGAAGAUCCAGAAGGCCCUCGAUCGUGUUUACACUAUACUGCGGGCGCGAACAACCACUCACCAAGAACUGUCUCGGCUUUUG